AUGACGUCCAAGGUAUUCAUUGUGACCGGCGCCAGCAAGGGCCUUGGCGCAGCCGUCGUCGAGCAUCUUUUAGCGCAAUCCCACAAAGUCGUCGUUACGGCCAGAUCUGAAGAUUUGCUGCGGAAGCUUAAGGACGCACAUCCCGACCAGGUGGAAUAUGUGGCUGGCGAUAUAACAAGUACAGGAAUUGCCGAGAGGCUUACGGAGCUUGCCGUCAAAUCAUUUGGAAAAAUUGACGGCGUAGUCAUCAACCAUGGAAUUCUGGAGCCGGAGAAAUUCGCAACGGCUUCGCUGGAGGACACCAAGCGCCUCUACGAUAUAAACUUCUUCAGCUACAUUGCCAUGGCCAAGGCUAGUCUGAAUGAGGUCAAGAAGACUCAAGGAUGCAUCCUCUGGGUUUCGUCAGGAGCAGCUCUCAAGCCCUACGUUGCAUGGAGUACCUAUGGCUCAUCCAAGGCGGCCAUCAACUCCAUUGCGUCUCAUCUCGCGAUUGAAGAGCCCGACAUCACCAGCAUAACCAUUGGACCAGGUCGGGUAGACACAGACAUGCAAGCAACUCUACGGCUAAAGGGCAAGGACACUAUGGAUGAGAAGCAGUACCAGAGCUUCGUCGAUGCCUUCCAGCAAGGCGCAUUGCUCAAGCCUGAACAGCCAGGAACUGUCAUUGCCAAGUUUGUGGCCAACCCUUCACGUGAGCUGAGUGGAAAGUAUCUUGUUUGGAACUCACCUGAGUUGGCGGCGUAUCAAGGAUGA